AUGAAGUUCAGCGCCGCCAUCAUCACCUCGCUUCUCGCUACGAGCGCAGUGGCUUUUGACAAGUGGCAACCCUGGGGCAAGCGUGAUUAUGCCUGCGUGAACGUCUACCAGGGCGUGCCCGACAACUCGACCGUGACGGCUGGUCAGACAGUCCACCUGCGCUUCGACCGCAAGCCCACAUCCCACUGCGCCGACCCUUUGAGCAAGUACGCCGCUGACAAGUACAGCGUGUGGCUGUACAACAACCCCGUCCGUAAUCUGGACACUAUCCACUUCGACCAGCGCAUUCAGAUCGCUAGUGGAAUCAACGGAUCCGCUGGUAUGGUCGAUGUGACUAUCCCCAAGAAGUUGCCCCAGGUCAGGGACGGGUCUGUUUGGUACCUGAGAAUUGACACUUCGCUUUCGAGUGCUCCCCAGAUGCCCACUAUCUACAACGCCGCCGGACCCUUCACAAUUACUGCUUAG